CCUACCCAGGCCGCCUCUAACUCUCGGUCGCCCACAUAAAAGAUAAUAAACAUCAAACAAAUACGUGCCGUGAAGUAUAAACGCUCGCGCCUCGCUGUUCUCGUUCGAGUACUGAGAACUUGACAGUUAACACCCUCUUGUCACAUAUUUUCAUUUUAUGAAGUUUUAUUAUUAUUAUUUAUUACUAUACUUGAGUCACAUCGUCCACGUUCACCUUACACUUUACAGUGUAGUCAUUUUACGCCUUGCACCUAUAGACUAAUCAUUUGUUAUUAUUGCGUUGAAUUAAGGCAAUGCGAUUUCUUUAGUCGUAUGAUAUAAUAACAAUUUGUGGUUACGUACUGUCAUUAUCGAAUAAUGUUGGUCAACAGAUAGUAUUGUACAGUUUAGCGAUCGCCCUGUGCUCACAUCACGGAGAUCGUGAAUAAAUGGUGCCUACGACCCUCUGGAAUCAACAAUGGAGGCACCGUCAUCGAAGAGAUUUUGCUGCACCGUUUGCGUCCACGCAGUCAAGAGCAUCCCGGUGAUAUUCAUUUUGUGUAUACUCGCGUGGUCGUAUUACGCGUACGUCUAUCACCUGUGCCUCAAUCGAGUCACGUCUGUUGAACUGUCGGUACCAUAUCUCCUAGUGUACCACAUCAUACUAGUGUUGUUCCUAUGGUCGUACUUCAAAACUAUUUUCACAGAGCCAAGCGGCGCACCACCAAAUUUCAGACUGCCAGAAGAAGUAUUUGAAGAGUUCAAUAGAAAUCCUAUAGACUUGAGUAGGCAAAGCGCUAUUUUACGUGAUUUUGCUGAGAACUUGCCUAUCAUGACUUUCACAAAUACCAAUGAACCUUUUUUUUCAGAUAUUCGGUUUUGUGAUAAAUGUAAAAUAGUCAAGCCAGAUAGAUCACACCAUUGUAGCGUGUGUCGUAAAUGUGUGUUGAAAAUGGAUCACCAUUGUCCAUGGGUGAACAAUUGCGUAUCAUAUUCUAACUACAAGUAUUUUAUACUAUUUUUGGCCUAUGGUCUUUUAUUGUGUAUUUAUGUGGCAGCUACAACAGUUGAAUAUGUUAUCAAAUUCUGGGAUAUUACUACAGAUAUGCGAAUUCAAGAAGGAUCUUAUAAAAUUCAUAUAAUAUUCUUGUUUUUUAUUGCUUCAAUGUUUUCAUUAAGCUUAUUCUCAUUGCUUGCAUAUCACAUCUACCUGGUUUCAAAAAACAGAACAACAUUAGAGUCUUUUCGUCCUCCUAAAUUUUUGGAAGGUAAUGAUAAAAAUGGAUUCAACUUGGGAUGCUGCAGAAAUAUACAAGAAGUGUUUGGUAAAGAAAUUCUUUUGUGGCCUUUUCCUAUAGAUACUCGCCUUGGUGAGGGUGUGUCAUUUCCAAUCAAUAAAACUGUUCCUGAAGCUCAAAGUCUGUUAUUCUCAGAUGUGAACGACCAGAAAACAUCAAUUGAUUUUGAACAUUAUGAUACGUCAUUGUUUACAUCAAUCUUAAUAAGUGAUGAUAACAUGAGCUCAACAGAUACAAACGCCCCUAAAUAUCAAGAUCUUAUUCAAAUUUAGUUGUUUGACUUACACUAACAAGUUAAUACUUAAAUAAAACUUAUUUCUGUGAUAUAUCCUACUUUUACUCAAACAUAUUAAAUAAUAAAUUAAUUCCUUA